GCGGACGCGGCUCUAACCUCGUACAACAUGAGGGAGCACAAGGAAAGCGUUUAACCCUGUGCACAGUUUGUCAUUUCAACGUGGGCAAAAAUCUAAGCCAGUCAAAUACCCUCCUUCCAACCUACUUCGCCGUUCUUUUCCCGCGAAGAACACCGAUUUGGAGGUACAUGCGACAACUCCCUUCAGUUGCGGUGACUGAGUAUGGCCUUAGCUGGAUGUCCAGACUACUUCCUCCACCAUCCAAACUACCAGGACAAUGUUGACCGCACCUCAUCUCACAGACCAUCCAAUCUCAUUGGUUCAAGCUUUCAGUCAUCCACUCGGACCUCUCCUAAUCACCCAGAGGAUGAUGUAGAUCUGGAGGCUCUGGUGAAUGACAUGGCCUCUCUUUCAUCCUACGAGAGCAUCUAUGCAACCUGUGAGAUCCAGCAUUCAGACUCCGCACCCCUCUUGCACAGCACUGAUAGCAGUGGUCUUCAUGGCAACAGAGUGGCUCCACUGCCACGGGCCCCUAGUCAUAAAGUGACUGCCCCUCACUCUCCUGCCCAAAGGCUUCGGCGAUCUCAGCCAAUGCACAUUCAUGCUGUCAGGCGACUUCAAGAAGAAGAGUUGCAAGUUCGUCCGGCGUCUUUGCCAGCUAUUCCGAACCCUUUCCCUGAGCUCUGCAGCCCCUCGGGAUCUCCUGUGCUGAGUCCUGGAUCCCUGCCACAGCCGUCAGAGUCACAUAUUAUCAAGGUUUUCAGCGAGGAUGGUGUGGGAAAAGUUGUGGAAGUCACUGCUGGCAUGAUGGCCAGAGAUGUGUGUCAGUUCCUGGUUUACAAGAGCCACUGCCUGGAUGACAACUGCUGGUCACUAGUGGAGCAUCAUUCCUUGCUUGGUUUGGAGAGGUGUCUGGAAGAUCAUGAGCUGGUGGUGUCGGUGAAGGCCUGCAUGCCUCCAGAGAGCAAGUUCCUCUUCAGGAAGAACUACGCCAAGUAUGAGUUCUUUAGAAACCCACUGAACUUCUUUCCGGAGCAGAUGGUGGCUUGGUGUCAGGAAUCGAAUGGCUCUAUCCCACAGUCCCAGCUUUUACAGAAUUUCUUGAAUUCCAGCAGCUGUCCAGAGAUCCAGGGCUUCCUUUAUAUGAAAGAGACGGGCCGCAAGUCCUGGAAGAAGCUCUACAUGUUCCUGCGUCGUUCUGGACUCUACUACUCCACUAAAGGAAUGUCAAAGGAACCAAGGCACCUGCAAUUACUGUCAGACUUGGAGGAGAGCAAUAUCUUUACUGUGACGACAGGCAGAAAGAUGCACAAUGCGCCCACAGACUACCAAUUCUGCAUUAAGCCCAGUAAGGGCAGGACUGAGCUGAAGGAGUUGAAGAUGCUUUGUGCCGAGGACGAGCAGAGCCGCACAUGCUGGAUGACUGCUUUUAGACUGCUCAAGUUUGGAAUUCUGCUAUAUCAGAACUACAAGACCCCCCACCAGAGGAAGACCAUAUCAAACUUCACCACACCUGUGCGGAGUGUGUCCGAGAACUCGCUGGUUGCGAUGGACUUUUCUGGAAGGACUGGUCGCGUGAUUGACAACCCUGUAGAGGCUCAGAGCGCUGCCAUGGAGGAGGGACACACUUGGAGAAAGCGGAGUCAGAGAAUGAAUGUUUUGGGAAGCCCCAGCCCUUUACAUCCCUCGCCAUUAAGUUCAGUGAUCCACAGGACACAGUUAUGGUUCCACGGCCGCAUUAUGAGAGAGGAAUCCCACAGGAUGAUUAUGCAGCAAGGCCAGGUUGAUGGGUUAUUCCUGUUGAGAGACAGCCAGAGCAACCCAAAAGCAUUCGUUCUCACUCUUUGCCAUCAUCAGAAGAUUAAACACUUCCAGAUUUUACCUUUUGAGGAGGAUGGCCAGGUGUUUUUUAGCCUUGACGACGGCUCUACCAAGUUCACCGACCUGAUCCACCUGGUAGAGUUUUACCAGCUCAACAGGGGGAUCCUGCCCUGCAAACUCAAACACCCCUGCACCGUGGUGGCCUUAUGACCCCUCCUCCUGAAACCUGCAAGCAACACACACAUACACAGAUGUAACUGAAAAACUGGAUUUUUCUUUCUUUUCUUUCUUUCUUUUUUUUUUGUUAAAUUUCUGUUUUCUUUCUUAUUUCACAAAUAAGCUGACGCAACCCACGGGCAUGAAAACCAUUCAUUCUCACAGCUCUGGGAUUAGCACGGAAACUUUUGGGAAUAAUUAUGGGACAACUUUCCAGGAUGCCCUGUCCUUUGGUUUUGACAAGGGUGCCUGUGUUUUUUUUUGUUUGUUUGUUUGUUUGUUUGUUUGUUUUGUUUUUCAACAGUCUCUAUGGUGAUUAUCAUAAGCUUUCAAUGAAUUCAAGAUGACUUCAUCAUUCAGGACAUGACACUAAACACUCCCCUUCCCCUAUAAACUGAUCAGAUCGGGACAGUCAUUUCGUGUGGUGUGUCUGCAAGGACUUGCAAUUGCAAAAAGUUACUUGAUGACGAUUGAUAUGUAUUAUGUUAUUUCCUACCUGAACAUUUUGCACUCUCGAGCUGAACACAGGUGAUCCGCUUCAUCCUGAGCUUACCGCGACAACUGUUACCCAUUUGCCUUCCUCCUACCGUUCACCUUUGUUUCAUUUUGUCAAUGAUAGGAUUAGUACAGUGGAAAUUGCAGUUAUAACCAUUUGAGGUGACACUUCCUCGGUAACAGCCAAAAAAAUACACAAAAACCCGGUUUUUAAUACAUCACAGCUAGGAGAGACUAGCCAAAAGGGGUAGCAGACUUGCACUUCAAAAAAAAAAAAAAAA